AAUGGUCACAGAGUUUGAAAUUCCAGUUCUUGGUGAACAUUGAAGAUCUUUAGUGCCUAGUAGUGUCUGAAUGAGAGUAAGGAUUGUGAUUGUCUGAGCGUGAGUGUCACGCACGUUUAUCCGGUUCAGUACUGAAAUUGGCGUCUCUUGCUGGAGCCAAAACACAGCGCGCUCUUUGAUCGCAGCGCAUGCUAAAUUUAGAGCCGGGAGCUACGUCUCGCGUUCAGUGGUCAGUGCAGAAUAGCAGCUGUGAAGAGGCCAUCGCCCCUUGCUGCAAUCGAGUUGUGAUUUGACAACUCCGGACGUCUCAGCCAGCCAGCACACGUCAAUCGAGUGAAGACAGCUGGAUACUGAUAUCUUGCGCGCUACUGCCAAGUGUUCGUCAGUGUGGUAUCCUCGCUUGUACAGUGCAGUUGACUAGAAUAUUGACUCUCCGGGAAAGAUCGAAUCGCAAUGGCGACUUCAGGAUUUACGACGAUGCUACUCGUUAGCUUGUUGAUGGCGGUGGCGUCUGCUCUACCAACUAGCCAAUCAACGAUAACAGAGAGAUUAUUUGAGACGGAUAGAACAGCAAUUCCGUCAACGACUCAAGACUCACUAGCGUCUCAAUCAACGGCUGUGGAGUCAGCAGCAACAACAGACGACGUUGUACAGGACACCAGCCACAGCACGUCAGCGCCAGACGUUCCAGCAACCACCGAGAUGUCACUGGAGAGACGGUGCGAGGACGCGCUGCUGCCGUGGACACCCUGGACCACCAAGGCGGAAAACAUCGUGUCGGAUCACUGCGGAGUAAGACGGCGCAAUCGCAGGUUCCGCAAGACUAUCGAUGCAAACUUGGAGAGGAGCUGUGUGGAUACCCUGGAGAUCGAGCUGACCGAAUACAAAGAGGAAUGCAAAGUGCUAAGUCGCAAUGAAAAUGUCGAGGUCAUCCAGUACUACUUUGUCAACGAAGUAUUCGGCAACAACCGCCUUGCGCUGGAGGAGGAACUGUCCGGCGGCCGAAAGAAGCGAUUCCUCGACUUCGACCCACUGGAGCCAAUCAACCCCGAUAUCUUCGGACCAUGCUUCUGGGACAUGACGCAUCGUCCGGUAGAUUUCCUCAUCAUGCUGGACAAGUCCGGCAGCAUGAUCUACAAGGACUUCCGCCUGCUCCUGAGAGCCAUGAAGUUCCUGGUGGAGAAGGGCAUCCCCGAGGUCUCACAGGACGCAACACGCGUAGCCAUGAUGACAUUCGCCAACCACCCGACGACGGAGUUCGACUUCAACACCUGCAACAACAAGUCGUGCGUCGUGAAGCAGACAUACCAGUCGACAUUCGAAGGAGGCCUGACGCGCAUGGCCGCUGCACUUAACCACGCCAACAGUAUGUUCCAGGAGUCGCGGGGCAUGCGGCCUUGCAGUCGUCGAGUGGUGCUGAUGCUGACGGAUGGCUCCUCGUCCGACUACGACAAUGCCAGUCCAGUGGAGGCGGCUGACAACCUCAAGCAGAACAAGGACGUAGAGAUCUUCGUCGUUGGCAUUACGACGCUGAUCAAUGAAAUGCAGCUGCAGAGUAUAGUCACGUACCCAGUUCUCACCCAUCUCUACUACAUGCCCGACGUACGGCAGACACGGAGAGUCUUCAAGAAGAUCAAGGAGGCCAAACCCACGGAAGUUUGAAGCCCCGCACCUCCAUCCAAUGCAACACUACCAGCGUACGCAGCACACUGAACACUUUCCCCAAUCCCACUCCGCACACAUCGGGCAGCGCCCAGCCAUUAUCCCCUAAUCAAAAACAUCACCACCACCGCAGAUUGCCACCUGAGAAUUUCAAUUAUAUUCUGCACGUUCUUGCAAAAUUCAUCUUGGUCGUAAGGGAAGCUUGAGAGUAGUUCUGCAUUCACCUUAUACUUAUGAUAUGCCAACAAUCGUAUCUGCUCAGUCUAUAUCGUAAUUGCCCACAUUGAAAACAGUAAUGAAGUACUAGCUAUCGUAAAAGCUGAUUUCAGAUCAAUCCCAGUCAUUUUAGCCGACCUUGAAUAGUCUAAUGAUGAUGUAAUGUAUUAUGACGUCAUAACGAAUAGCUUGUAAUGCCUUUGUUUGCAUCCGACUCUGUUAUGCCGUAAUCCUUUAAAAACACUAAUUGCCCUGCUCCAAUGUUUUCUAUUUUUGAGCAGGAUAAAACACUGCCAGCGUUGCCCAGCACCACCCCGGUUGCACAACGCCGCCUUAGCCUGGCAUGGCACAGUAAAUUCUAAUCUAAUCCCGGAUAUAUCUUACACACUAUCACAACCGUUCUUGGUGGAAAGUAACGUUCAACCGUA